CUCAAUGUCAUUUGGUGUGUCUGAGCUCAUGAAAUCCUCAGUGUGUGGAUGGUAUAAAGUGUUAAACCAGGAGGAGGGGGAGUACUACAAUGUGCCUAUUCCAGAUGAAGAUGACGAGGAUACCGAGCUCCGACAGAAGUUUGAGAAAGCCAAAUUGGGUCCACCCAAAAAAACCAUCACCACUUUUGAUGCCAGUGGAUCCACUUUACCCUCAAGCAGUGUGGACAGUGUCAGGCUCACAGACUUUAAUUUCUUGGCAGUAUUGGGAAAAGGCAGUUUUGGAAAGGUGAUGCUGGCUGAGAUGAAGUCUUCUGAUGAACUAUAUGCUAUAAAGAUCCUGAAGAAGGAUGUGGUCAUCCAGGAUGAUGAUGUUGAAUGCACCAUGGUGGAGAAGCGGGUUCUGGCAAAGCAGGACAAACCUCCAUUCCUCACCCAGCUCCACUCCUGCUUUCAGACUGUGGAUCGUCUGUAUUUCGUGAUGGAGUAUGUUAAUGGUGGUGAUCUGAUGUACCACAUCCAGCAAGUGGGCAAAUUUAAGGAGCCACAAGCAGUGUUCUACGCUGCAGAGAUUGCUGUUGGGCUUUUUUUCUUGCACAAGAAAGGAGUCAUAUACAGGGAUCUGAAAUUAGAUAAUGUUAUGCUGGAUGCAGAGGGUCAUAUUAAGAUUGCAGACUUCGGUAUGUGCAAGGAGAACAUUGUGGAGGGUGUGACCACCCGUACAUUUUGUGGAACGCCAGACUACAUUGCUCCAGAGAUAAUAGCAUAUCAGCCGUAUGGCGGUUCUGUGGACUGGUGGGCCUAUGGAGUCCUGCUGUACGAGAUGCUGGCGGGACAGCCUCCAUUUGAUGGUGAGGAUGAAGAUGAACUUUUCCAGUGCAUUAUGGAGCACAACGUCUCCUACCCUAAAUCCAUGUCCAAAGAAGCAGUUUCCAUCUGCAAAGGGCUGAUGACAAAACACCCUUCAAAGCGUCUGGGCUGCAGCCUAGAGGGGGAGAGAGAUAUUCGGGAACAUGCUUUCUUCCGUCGGAUUGACUGGGAACGUCUGGAAAAUAGAGAAAUACAGCCUCCAUUCAAACCCAAAGUGUGUGGAAAAGGGGCAGAGAACUUUGACAAGUUCUUUACACGCACACAGCCACAGCUGACCCCUCCUGAUGAGCUGGUUAUCGCCAACAUCGACCAGGCCGAAUUCGAUGGAUUUUCCUUCAUCAACCCUCAAUUCGUCCAUCCUUCCGUCAUCAACAGUGAAUAAAAUGGGAAAAAGAGGGAAUGAAUGUUAAUCUACCUACUACCCAAAACUCUGCCCUUGCCUUUACCCGUUUAUCUAACAAAUGUUAAACCAAAACCACAGUUAUCUCUAAUUGUCAUGUCUUUUUUGUUUAAAAAUCUUGCAGUUAUUUUACACAUUUUUCACAUCAUUUCAAUGUAGGCCAGUCGAAGAGUUUACCUUAAUUAUUGAAAAUAGAUUGAGAGAUUUAAAAAAAAAAAAAACUGAGUAACACUUAAACUCUGGUUAGGAAGGGCUGUUUACAUUACAAACUGAUCGUCUGACUUAGUGCAGACCAGUUUUUAAAAGUCUAGGAGACCAUCUUAUCUCAAGCCGCUGGUGGCUGACACAGCAUGAUUUCACCACAUCUACCCAAAGCCCCAUAACAAAUACAGAGUUGUGUGCUUCCUAAGACAGUCUUCCCAUUCAGGAUUUCUAAAGGUAAUCACCAAAGCCAAUGGGGUUUCUGUCUUCCCCUUAGCACUAUACCAAUUUAUCUAUUUACAGAAUUACUUCUGGUGUGUUUCAGUACUCACUUUUUGGAGUCUCCAGUGUUUUCUCAUUGUAAGUGUCGUUAAAUGUUUUAAAUAAAAUACUAAACAUCUCUCAGUCUUAAUAUUUGUACAUAUUUCAGGUAUGACAUGACAACUUGGCACACCAGUUUAACAACUUGUUUGCAUUUUCUGUUUGUUCUAUAGUAAAAAAGCGUGCCAAGAGUUUCUGCAAUUCACAAGAUGACAGAGCUGUGGAUUCGUGAGAUGUUAUGAUAUGUUUCAUGUUUCAAGAUAGUGUUUUUUUUUUAUGUUGUUGCAUAUAAAAUGGUUUUAUUUCACAGUAAACAGAUACACACUUUUAACCAUAUAUUACCCAAAUGACAGAAUAAUAAAGGUAUUACCUCAUUAUCCCUUUAAUUCACCAAGUGUUUUUAGAAUAUCCUCUUUUUUGCCAUAGUAGAAAAUAUCCUGGGAACAUGAGAAUAUUUUGUGUGUGUGUGUGUGUAUCUGUUUUGUUUCGGUAAUGAGGGAUAUUAUGAGAGGGAGAAAUAUUUAAGUGUUCAAAGCUCUAAUUAUGUUGUUCUUAAACUCAUUGUCUGCAUAUAAGUAAAUACUGAAUAAUAAAUGUUAAUCUCUGCUAUACCUGCCGGAUUACCUUUACAUCAUGUUUGGAUUUAUCAUAAUUGAUUGUAAAAUGUAACACCGUUAUGCCAUUUUCUCCUCUUGCUGCUUCAACAUUUUGGUUAUACUUAAUAAUACAUGCUAUUUAAACAGUAUAAGAACCUUUUAAUGCCAAUGGUGAAAUUUCUGUGACAUUAAGGCAAAUUUACAACUGAGGGAAAAGAAUGAAAGUGAGUUUGCAUUAAUUGUUAAAGGGGUAGUUCACCCAAAAAUGGAAAUUCUAUCAUUUUUUACUCCCCUUCAAGUUGUUCUGAACCUGUAUGAGUUUCUUUCUUCUGUUGAACACAAAAGAAGGUAUGUUGAAGAAUGUUAGCUAGCAAACAGUUGGUAGCCAUUGACUUCCACUGU